AUGCCUCCCCGGAGGGCAUGCUUUCCCACCUGCAAGCCACCGGAGAAACGAGAUUUCAUGCAAUCCAAUCCCGAGCUGAAUGCCACCGACUUUUAUCGCAACUACGAUCCGGUUGUGGGGAUUGGGACUGUGGGAAUAUUGAUGAUAAUUAUUUUGAUGGUAUCCUUGAAAUCCAUUAUCCGAUGUUCCAUCCAAAAAUACAAAUUGUGGACGUACGAUCGGAAACUGAACCAGGUCCAGAAGGAGAACGGUCAGAGGGAGUUGCUGAGCAAGGAAAGCAGUAGCAGCAAUUCGCCAAACGAAAUGGUUUAGAGGGAAUGGAAGGUAAGGAAAUUUGGAAUUGCUGAUUUUGAAGUAUGGGAUUAAAACACUGUUUUAGUUGGGCAAUAUUUUGAAAGACGUAUUUUAAUAUUUUUAAAUUCAAAAAAACAAAAACUUUUGGGCCAAAAUAUUUUUAAAAAUUCCGUUUCGAAAAUUUCAUGAUUUUUUUUUAUUUUUUUUUUAAAUCAGAAGAUUCCAGAAGACGUAUUUCACAAUUUCAGCAUUCAAAAUUCGAUAUUUUUCAUUUUUUCUCAUCAUUUUCUGAAUACGAAAAAAUUGAAAAAGUCAUUUUUCAUCCCGAAAUUCCAAAUCCAAAAAAAAUCGUUUUUAUUUUGACCUAAAUUUUCAAAUUGAUUAUGCACUCUUGAAAUUGACUGUGAUAUUGCAACAAGCCGAAAUUGAGCACAUAGUUUGCAGAGGAAGAGUUCUGACAGGGAGACUUACAAUUCUAAAAUAAUAGGAUUGGAAUUUGAACGGUCAACUUGACCGAUAUGGCAGGUCUACAUGCCCAAGUUGACCAGUGAUCUGAUCGAUUUUUUUUGUAGCCAAAGUUUGGUAUUUCUUGUCAUUUCGACUUGGCCAGUCAAACUGGUCAUGUUGCCCGACCAUAACUUGGUUCCAAUUCCUACGAAAAAAGUUAUAAAAAGAAAUAAAAAUUCAAUUUCCUCCUUCAGAAUCCUCGGAAACUACGUGUUCCCAUUGAAGGUGUGCGUCGAUUACACUGCACUGUAGUCAUUACACAUGUUUUUUUGCAGGCGUGAAAGUAUGCGACGAUAUUUUUGGACCUCUUCCCGAGCAGUUAUUUUUGUGUGCUUUGAUCUCAAGUUGA